CCGCGGGGGCCGCUGCCGCUGGCGCUUCCCCGGCGAUGCCUGAGAGGAGCCCUCUGCGGGGCGCAACAGGAGGAAACUUCUCUCUUCCUCCGGCGCUGUCGGGAGAGCCCGGUUUCCCCGGUGUGGGGGAGCGGGGAGCACCGGUUGGGGGGUGUGGAGCACCGUACAUGAGUCGUUGCCGCUUGACUGUUUAUUGACUUUAUUUAUAGUUUUGUAAUUUUUUUCUUCCUUUCCUCUCGGUGCGUGCGAGGGUGACAGCUGCCCUCGGGGGUGAGCGGUAGCACCUCCAUACAGUCCGGCCGGCGCCGGUUCAGCCCCCCACGCCCCUACCCGCCGGUGAGUGGGUCUCCGUGGGUCUCUCAGGGGCGGCAUCGCACGGCGCCUCACACCGCGGGUCCGGCCGAGCCCCGGGGGCAGCGCUGCCGCCUCGUCACCCGCUCUCCGGUGGGCCCUGACAGGAGUUUAAUUCACCCCCGGGAGGACCCUCCGGUUGCCUCGCUUCGAUACUGAAGAAGGAUAAAAAGCUUCUGAAAGGUUUGGAAGGUUGAAUGUGAUCAGCAUGAAGAGCUUAAAAGCAAAGUUCAGGAAGAGUGACACCAAUGAGUGGAAUAAGAACGAUGAUCGGCUGCUGCAGGCAGUGGAAAAUGGGGAUCCUGAGAAAGUGGCUUCAUUGCUGGGUAAAAAGGGAGCCAGUGCCACCAAACAAGACAGUGAGGGCAAAACUGCUUUUCACCUGGCAGCCACAAAGGGGCAUGCAGAGUGCCUCAGGAUCAUGGUGACACAUGGUGCAGAUGUGACAGCCCAAGAUGGUGCAGGACACAGUGCUUUACAUCUUGCAGCAAAGAACAGCCACCCUGAUUGCAUUAAGAGGUUGCUUCAGAGUAAAUGUCCAGCAGACAGCACAGACAAUUCUGGGAAAACAGCUUUACAUUAUGCAGCUGCAUGUGGUUGUCUUCAGGCAGUUCAACUUCUGUGUGAACACAAAUGUCUAAUUAACGUCAAAGAUUUGGAUGGGAACAUACCUCUGCUGCUUGCAGUACAAAAUGGUCAUACGGAAGUCUGCAAAUACCUUCUGGAUCACGGAGCAGACAUCAACACCAGGGAUAAAAACGGAAGAACUGCUUUGAUGAUGGCUUGUGAAGCUGGUAGCAUUAACAUGGUGGAAGCCUUCCUUAGGAAAGGUGCAGAUGUCAGUUUAGUAGACGUCUUUGGACAGAAUGCCCUGCAUUACUCCAAGCUCUCCGAGAAUACAGGGAUUCAGGAUCUCCUGUCGUCAAAGAUAUCUCAUGAUGUGGAUACGAAGUCACCGACGAAAGCAAAGCAGCUUAGUGAUUUGUCCUCUCCACUCUCUUCAACUUCAACUCCCAUGACCGGAAAAGGACAGGCUUUCUUUGCUGAUCAAGUGUGCAAGGAAGAAUUCAGCUCCUUGCAUCGAGAUAAUAAAGACAGACUGAGUGACAGCACAACAGGUGCUGAUAGUUUACUGGAUGUGAGUUCUGAAGCUGACCAGCAAGAUCUACUACUGUUGAUGCAAGCAAAAAUUGCUUCUUUGACCUUGCACAAUAAGGAGCUUCAGGACAAAUUACAGGAAAGAACACCCAAAGAAGUGGAUUCAACCAUAGAAUCUUACCAUUCAACACAAAUAGAGUUUGAGCAAACAGCAGAUAGACAAAAUGAGUUCUUGGCUCAGGAGCUGAAGUCUACAUUAAAUGCCACAGAAAUUCAAGAGAAGUUGACAAGCCCCAGUGAAGUAAAAAUUAAGUACCUCCAGGAAGACUUAAAGGAUGUACAGAGGAAAUCAGAGAAUUCUGAAGCAAAAAGAAAGAACAUAGAAGUUCAGGUCCAUUCUAGAGUGCCAGAAACAGGUCUUUUAAAUAGCACAGAUAUUUCAGAAAAUGGUUCUGAUCUUAAUCUGAGGCUCCAAGAAGCUCAAAGCAGGUAUGAGGAAUCUGGGAAAGAGGUUUUGGAUGUACAAAGACAAAUGAAGCCACGUCUUGUUUCCUCUGAAAGUGAAGAAACCAGUGCUGAUCUGAGUACGUUGAAGGUUACAUGUGAAGAAGUUGAAAUGCUUAAGCAAGAAUUGAAGAGAGCGUUGGAGGAAAGUGAAAGACAAAAAGAGAAAGUGAGAGAGCUACAGAAAAAGUUUGAAGAAAGAGAGCAGAAUGUGUCAAGCAAGUUGUCUGUGGAUGAGUGUGAGGAAAUGAAGAAUUCAUAUUGUUCAGUUAUUGAUAACAUUAAUCAAGAGAAAGCUUUGUUGAUUGAGAGAUACAAAGAAGGGCAAGAGGAAAUCAAAAGGUUGCAGGAAAAGCUGACAAAUCAGACACAGUUGGAAUCUAGGUCUGAAGCUGGAGAAAUGAAAGAUACAAUGCAGAGAAUGAUAGACGAGCUCAACAGACAACUUAGUGAGUUGUCUCAGUUGUACAAAGAAGCACAAACAGAGCUUGAGGACUAUAGGAAGAGAAAAACUGUAGAUGAUGUAGAUUUGGGCUACAUUCCUAGAGAUGAACAUGAGAAACUGAUGCAGGUAACAAAUUCUUUGAAAUACAAAGCAGAGAAUGAGUUAUUGGAAAUGAAAUCCCAGUACACAAAAAUAUUAGAUGAAGCAGAAGAACUAAAGCAACUGUUAGAUGCUCAGAAACAAAACUCUUUGCCAAUUACUGAACACCUUCAGGUGAUGAAUGCACUCAGAAAUACUGUAAAGGAAAUGGAGAAAGAAAUAAAUGAGCUCAAAGCACUGCUUACCAGAAAGGAAAGUGAAGUAAGAAACUUACAGAAGGAAUUACUGGAAGAAAAAGCUGCAAUUAAUGAAGCGAUGGUACCCAAGGCUACAUACGAAAAGCUCCAGUCAUCACUAGAGGGCGAAGUUAGUGUUUUGUCAUCUAAACUGAAGGAUGUAAUGCAAGAGAAGGAAAACAUGUCCUUAGAUGCCAUGCAACUGAGAAAUGAAGUUUUGCACUUGAAAGAAGAGAAAGAAGGUAUGCAUACUCUGCUUGAAGCAAAGGAACGGGAGGUGAAUGGUCUUCACCAAAAGUACCAUCAAGCUCAAGAAGAUCUUCUUGAAAUGAAAAAAUGUUCUGAAAGCUCAUUGAAACUGGAAGAGGAUAAAGAUAAAAAGAUCAAUGAAAUGUCCAAGGAAGUUAGCAAAUUAAAAGAAGCAUUGAACAGCCUUUCUCAGCUUUCCUACUCGACCAAUGCCCCCAAAAGACAAAGCCAGCAGCUGGAGGCAUUACAACAGCAAGUGAAGCAGUUGCAAAACCAACUGGCUGAAACAAAGAAGCAACAUCAGGAAAUUGUCUCAGUUUACAGGAUGCAUCUUCUCUAUGCUGUGCAGGGUCAAAUGGAUGAAGAUGUCCAGAAAGUGCUGAAACAAAUCUUAUCGAUGUGUAAAAGCCAAUCACAGAAAAAGUAAACAAAAAAGCCAAGGAAAACUCCCCAUUUCUAUUAAUCCUGUUAUGGGUGUUUAUCUAGAUUUGCCUUAACAUAAGAUUUAAAAUCGGCAAUUUGCUGCUUUUGUGUUAUUGUGCUGUUUGUGAGGUGGAUUUGUUUGUCUGUCUCUACCCAUGUGCAUUUGCUUGUGCAGUAACUAAACACAUGCCUGCUUUUCAUAUCCAAAAUGCAAGUAUGUUCUUCAGACUUUUUACUUAGGCCACUCCAUGUCAUGUUUACCCUGGAAGUACUUUCUAGUUUCCUCCAAUAGAGGGAGGUUAAUCUAGAGGAAAGCACUUGUGUUGAAUGGGUAAAGGUGAAAUUCUCUGUAAGGUCUUCUAUACUGUUUAUAUGCUGCAUCUUGUUAUUGGGGAUAAACUUACUUGCUUGAUGAUGUAGCACUCAAAUUUCUGCUGUUUUGCCAUAUGCAGUCUUUGGCAGAGCAGAAGUGAGCCUUGGAGCAGUGAACAGAAGUAGGUAUUUAUGCUAAGUCAGAACAUGAAACAGCUACACUUCAUAGUGUAGUAUUAUUAAAGAUUAACACACCGCAAGGUAGCUGUCCCAACCCAUCCAAUGCACUGAGUACACAAAAAUCAUACUAUGCUUCAUAGUUUCUUUGAACUGCCUGGUGGUGGAAUGAAACUAUUUCAAAAGGUAAAAUCAUUAGUUUAUUGAAAUUCUGUACAAAGCAGUAGAGAGACAUCUGUAUGAAAAACCCUUUAUGAUAGGUUUAGCUAUCUAUGCAAGUGUUGGCCAUGAAGCUCAGGAACAAAACCAGAACAUAUACUUUAGACAAGGGAUUCUAGUGAACACAGGAUGUUUACAGCAAAUGUCAAUGCCUCAUACUUCCUAACCUCACUUUUGUAAAGAUCUUCUCUUCAGUAUAUUUUUAUUGGCCCUCUAAUGAAUUUUUUUGAACUAAACCAUUUUUCUACAUAAUGUUUGCAUUAAGCUUAUUAACAAAUAUUUUUAGGUAAUCAUGUUUUAGAGAGUUUUCUUUUUAUACCCACAAGUAUUCAGUAAUAGCGAAGCAUAGUGAAGUGUUUUCAGUUUGUAAAAGGUCGUACAGAAUAAUAGACUUGUCUGUCAGUGUGGUCCAGAGCAGUGAAAUGUCGGAAUGAAAUUCAGCCUGCUUUUUCAAAAAAUGUAGAAAUCAUAGGAAGAAAACUGCAACAGGUGUCAAAAAAUUCUACAUGCCAUGUCUAGAGGCUAGGGGCAUCAGUGAAGCCUUUAUCAGCACUUUUAAAUUGAAAGUCAAAUAAAAAUGCCUGAUGCAGUAUAGUAUCAAACUAUGGAAAAAUGUUUCUAUGCACACACUGCUCUUAAGGGUACAAUCAUUCUAACUCGCUUACAGCUUCACUAUGAUAUUUGUUUUAUUCCUGUUAGUGCAUAUGUCUCUAAUAGGGAAAUCUUCCAGAGCUAUAUAAUGUAUGAAUUUAUAUAGUCAUAAUAUGACAAGAGUCAGCACUGCCGCAGGCUGACUGGACUCAUAGUGCACUUACAUCAGAUAAUUCCUAACCCUGGCAAAACUAAAAUGGAUUUUAAAAGUGAAAAGAAAAAUCACACCUUUGCAUCAGUUAGACUUUGUUACUUUCAUUGGAUUGUUUAACUAAUGCCUGCUAGUUUCGAACAGUAUUUUAUAGCUAGAUGGUUUUGAAAAUGCUCCAAAGAAAUGUGAAAAUAAUUUUGCUGCAGCACUUCAAAAUGAACAACAAGAUUUUAAGCAUGAUAAUGCUGCCAAGUAUAAAACUUGAUGAACCAUUUUGUUAGGUUGCCUGAUGGAUUUAGUCUUCUACUUUGUUUUGGUUUGUAUAUUUAUUACAAUUAUCUUUGUGGAAUAUUGAAAAUUAUAUGCUACAGCAUAGUAAGUUUCUUUAUAUGUAAUUUACAAGAAGUUUCCUUAUGCAGCAAAUAAACUAUUUCCAAUUUUUUUCA